AAAAAAUUUAAAAAUAAGAUAUUCUUAUAUAUAUUUUUGUUGCUAUCUGAAAACUAUUUUUAUUAUAAAAGUUAAAAAGAUACAAAAAAAUUUAAUUAAAUAUUAUUCAAGAAAAAAACAUUUAUAUAAAUAUAUUUUCUAAACUAUUUCUAAGAUAUGAGUGUUUUAAAAAAUUUAACACACACGGGAUUAUGCUUAUGAGAGAGUGGCUCGGGAGUGGGCUAGAAGAUGGGUCUAAUGGGCUGCGAAUUGUUGAAUUUUUUUUUAAUUGCAAGCUUACUUCGUGAUGACCUGGCAUAUUGGUUGGUCCUGAAUAUUUGUGCACAUGUGGAUAGGCUUAGGAAACAAUGAUUUAGCUCCUUUUAUAUAGUAGGAUCAUAAUAAAAAGGAGAAAAAAAAACCUGAGGCAGUCAUGGAUUACGAUGGUGGAUUUCAUGAGGUCGAAACCGAUGGUAAAUUAUUGCUGGUAUACCACCACCCCAAGUACCGACCUAUACCGCAAAUAAAAAGCACAUCCUCACCUGAUGAAGCAGCCAACCAAGAUCACCCUUCUCUGCCCCUUUUCUUAUGCCCUUUGGCACGAGCACGAAAAGACUACCACGGUACACAGCAUGAACUUUGGUGGCUCACUUCUUCUCCCGAGUAUGUCAUCUCUACAACAAGGGCUGAUAAUCGUGCUAAUCAUCAUGUACUUCCGUUGUUUUGGUGCAACAACGAAAAGUUUUCUAUACAUGGUGGAUGCCGUAUAUGCUAUAACUCAAACCUCGGUACAUAUUAUUAUUUUUGUGAAUACUGUGAUUUAACGUUCCACAAAGAAUGUGUAGAGGCUCCACUAAAAAUUAAACACCCUUACUAUCCUCGUCAUCCUCUCGAACUCUGCAUUAAUUAUUAUGAAGCUUCUUACUGUUCAUGUUGUGGAAGAAAAAUAAUGAAUUUGAAAUAUCAUUGUACUGUCUAUCAAACUUCCAUGCAUCCAACAUGUGCAAUGAAGUUGAUACCUGUUAUAGACCAACAAAAAAUCCAUGUCCAUCCCCUUACCUUUUUCCCUAGACAAAAUUCUUUAAUCUGCAACGUUUGUGGUUUGAUAGAAAAAUAUGCCACAUAUGUCUGUCUCAGAUGCAACUUUGUAGCUCACAGAGAUUGUAUGUACUUCCCUCACACCAUCAAGAUAUCACGUCACAACCAUCGUAUCUCCCAUGUUUCUUCUCUUCGGCAUGAAAAGUAUCCUUGUGGAGUGUGUCAUCAAAGUAUUGACGGUGGUUAUGGUGCAUAUACUUGUCACAAGUGUGGUGACUACGCUGUUCACUCGAGAUGUGCUCUAGGAAAAGAUGUUUGGGAUGGAGAAGAAAUGGAAGGUAUACCAGAAAAAGAUGAAGAUGAUAUAACACAAGAUGCACCACCCUUCUGUAAGAUAUCCAAAGGGUUGAUACAUUAUUUUCUUCAUGACCAUCAUCUCCUACUCGAAGAAAACAUACUCUAUGAUGAAAACAAGCUUUGCGAAGCUUGUGUCAUGCCUAUCUUUGAAGAGAAAUUGUAUUCAUGUACGGUUUGUGACUUCAUCCUCCAUGAAACAUGCCUAAAAGCUCAUCGCAGAAUACAACAUGCAUUACAUCCGCAUUUACUUAUAUUAAAGACUAUCAACAAUAUUUCUAGUGACUUUCGGUGUGAUGCUUGCUGGCGCAGUUGUGGUGGCUUUGUUUAUCAGUGUCCAAAGGAGGAAUGUGACUUUAAGCUAGAUGUGAGGUGUGCUUCCAUUUCAGAGCCUUUUGAUUACCAAGGUCAUGAGGAUCCACUGUUCCUAUCUUUAGACCCAGAAAAGAAGUUAUUAUGUGAGGUAUGCAAAGAUACAGGUAGGCAGGUGUUAAAUUGCAUCAAAUGCGAUUUUAUUGUGUGUAUGGAAUGUGCCACCUUACCAUACAAAGCAAGGUAUAAGAACGACAAACACUUUCUCACACUUUCAUGGGGAGAAGAGGGGUGUGAGAAAUAUUGGUGCGACGAGUGCGAAAAUAGCGUCUACACAUACUUCUAUUGGUGUAAUGAUUGCUGCACCAUCCUUCACACUUUCUGCUUAUUCUGCGAAGAUCCAUAUAUGAAACCUGGUCAAUGUUUCGAAUUGUACAGAAAGAAGUUUCAAAUUCUUGCCAAAAGGAAUAUUUCUCGGCCAAUUUGCCAUUAUUGUAUGAAGCCUUGUCAAGGCAAAAUAUUUAAAACAGAAGACAGCACAACGUGUUCGUGGCGUUGUGCUUCUUGUAUUCAGUAGCUGUGUUUGAGAAAGGUUGAGUAGAGCUUUGACUCCUAUGAUAUUGUCUUUCUUCUUCUCCUUUAUUGUUUUGUUAAUUGGUUUCAUAAUUAAUAUAACUUUCGGGUUUUUCUCUUUUCGUAAUUGGUAUUGUAUUACAUAACUGUUAAACUAUAGUCAAGUUAAACAAACUAAGUAUUCAGAGUCGUGUCCCUUUAGGCGGUCGCCGGAACUCCUUUCCCGGCGACCGCCGUGUCCCUUUAGGCGGUCGCCGGAGCUCCGUUUUGUUUAGGCUCCUCCUCUCCGUCUCCUAGUUAUCUCUGUACCAUCUUCUUCUUCGGCAAGGGUGGUGUUUCAGUCGAGGUCGUCUCCAAUUCCAGAUCCAGCGAUUUCUUCUCAGAUCUGGAGAGUGCUUGGCGGUGUCGGUAGGGGCUUGAGGACGGUCCUUCCUCCCGCUGGUUUCUUCUCCGAUUUGCUAAGGGAUCUACUGUUGGGAGCGUUUUUCUCCAUCCUCAACUGAACCUCCUCGACUAGACGACGCGUGAGUCGUGACUAAUCUUCCUGAGUCUGUCUCCGGUGUAGCGUGGUGGGUUAUGUGGUGACAGUUCCUCAGGCGAGUUUGGAGCUUGUGGAUCUAAAUCUCAGGUUCUUCUUCUCCUCUUUGGGCCUCCGGUGAUCUACGGUGGCCGUGCGUGGUGGGUUUUCAAUAGGUGGCUCGUCGGCAAAUCUGUUGGGGCUCUCUGGUGAGGGCGCAUGGUGAUGUGUUUCCUCCGCUUCUGUCGAGUUCGUCCUUGGCGCGUGGAGAGACUAUCCUCAAAGUUGGUGUGGCGCUCCUCGUCGUCUAGCUCUGUCCUCUCGUCCUCUUCGCGGUGGUUAGGCUUCUUGAGAAGUGGUCUGUGUCUGAAGAAAAGGGAUACGACGUGAUUUUGGCAAUCGGUCUCCAAGUUUGUUUUCGACGGUCGUCGCUCCGGAGAAAGUGUGCCCAGCCUGUCUCGUUGUCCUAAAUGGACAGUGGGUUAAAGGGGUGUAACGGUCCCGGGAUGGUGGAACGGAGGCAGCAAUCUCUUGUUUUACUUCCCGAACGACGGCAUUGCCGGUGGUGGAUUCUUUCUCGUGCUGCCGGUGAGGCGAUGUCGGAUGGGCUUGCGGUUCCGAGAUGUGAUUCCUUGGGGAGGUGUUGAUGAGUGCGUUCCCAGAAGCUGUAGGCUUGCCGUUGCAACCAAGGUUUGAGGGCGCCUUUCUCUCUGGUGGCUCGCGUAACGGGGAACUCAGUCCGCUCAUGCCUCUUAUCGGGGCGGUCGAUGCUCCGCUCACGUCCGGUCUCUUUCCGGGCCAACUCUUCUUUCUUUUGUUUAAGUCUUUCUUUCAAUUAGAGGCUCUGUUUAGUUUAAAUUUCUUGCAUCUCCGCUAUUUGUUUACUAUGUAUUUCUGUCAAAAAUUAAAAUCUUGGUAUAAUAAACUUUACCAUUUUACCAAAAAAAAAAAAGUAUUCAGAGUCGUCAGAUUUUGAUAUCGUAUGGAACCAGGGUUCUCAUUGUUUUAGAUAUUUAAUUUCUAAUCACUUAGGCAACCUUAACGGUUAGUAUGUUAUUAUAAGUAUCUAAUAAAUUAAACAAUAAUAUUUUUGAUCGAAGCAAAAUACAUAAUCAAAUUAACAGCAUUUAACCAAUAAACAAACAGGAGGUGGCAACAGAGUAAAUUGAAGAGUUCUUAAAGACAUCCACAACACACGUCCUUAGAGCAUCAUUAUCAAUGCCAACUCUUAUCAAACAUCUUAGAAUAUUUAAUUAGUAUUUUUAGUCUAAGAAGUUUUCUAAGAUACUUAAGUAAAAUACAACAUUAUCAAUGGAACUUUUCGAAGGUUCUUAGGUAUAAAAUCAUUUUUUUAUUAAUAAGUAGUAAUUAAGAUAUAUCCAUUUAUAUUCAAUACAUUAAAAAGAGAUAAAAUUUUCAUUUAAUUAAAAUUACAAACAUUUUAUUACAUUUCAUACAUAAAAAAAAAAAA